AUGGAUCGUCAGGCUUAUCGAUCUACUGUUGAACCUGAAAAUCCUAAUAGAGAUCGUUUCAAGUAUAAUCAAGUUUUUCUUAGAGACAAGCAUGGAAUAUUUAAGCUUAUCGAGAUUAUCCUAACAAUCAUCUGUUUCAUCUGCGUUGGUUCUCAUUGGUUGUUUCGCGAUAGCGGUUCUGGAGGAUGGAUAAAUUUCACCCUCUCACUCUCUCUCAUAAUAUCUACCUUUUUUUUCUUUGGCUACCUCUUUAAUGUUGUGCCUUUCCUCCCCGGUCCAUGGGCUAUCAUUCACACUCUGACAGCUUGUCUUGAGCACUUUUUCUUCGCUGCUCUAAAAGGUCAUUUCCGCUUCACCGACUAA